UUGAGCUGUAAAUGAAGGCGUGUGAUUGGUUGAAACUGACAGCUGCGCAGUCUCAGUUAAGGGGCGGCUGUGGAGAGGCUGGCUUUAAGGCAUAAUGUUCCGUAGGAAACUGCAGGCUUUAGAUUAUCACAAUCCCGCCGGAUUUAACUUUAAAGAUGAAACAGAGUUUCGAAAUUUUCUUGUUUGGCUCGAAGAUCAAAAAAUUAGACAUUACAAGAUCGAAGACAGAGGAAAGUUACGAAACAUACACAGCAGCGAAUGGCCGGAUCAGUAUGAAAAGUAUUUGAAUGAUGUGAAUUGUCCAUUCAAAGUUCAGGAUCGUCAAGAAUCAAUAGACUGGCUCCUGGGCCUCGCUGUGCGCCUUGAGUAUGGGGAUAACGUUAGCAAUCCUGAUUUCAAAGCUGGAGUAAUGGCUUUGGCAAAUCUUCUGCAAAUCCAGAGACAUGAUGACUACCUUAUGAUGCUAAAAGCAAUUCGAAUCCUCAUACAGGAACGCUUGUCUCCAGAAGCUGUUGCCAAAUCCAACAGCUCAAAAGAGGGCCUCCCAGUUGCGCUGGAUAAACACACCCUUGGGUUUGACACAGGAGAUGCUGUUUUAAAUGAUGCUGCCCGAAUCCUGAGAUUACUUCAUAUUGAAGAGCUGCGAGAAUUACAGACAAAAAUCAAUGAAGCUAUAGUCGCAGUUCAGGCGAUUAUCGCUGACCCAAAAACAGACCACAGACUGGGGAAGGUUGGAAGAUAAGGACUUUAGUCUGUUCUCUUUCCCCCUAUCCAGGAACAACCUUAGCUAGCAUGGAGCCGCCAUCUUUUCAUGUAUAGUUUUAGCACAUUGAUAUAAAGCACUUAUCCUGACUGUUAAGGAUAUGCUGUCCUAAAAGUUUUCUUUCAUUUUUUUUUUUUUUUGUUAUUAAAACGAAAAACCCCAGCAGUAAGUAAAUCAAAAUGGUGUAAUCUAA